GACAGCGAUGUCUCUGAAUCAUCGUAGCGGUACAUUAAUUAUAAACUUUGUGUUAAUAUUUAAUUCUGUGACUUAUGACUGUAACCAAUACUGAGAAAUACUCGAGAGAGUCUAAUCCGGAGGGCAUGUUCAAGCUUAUGUGCCGACCCAUUGCACUGGAAUCCUCCAAAUCUGGAAGGUCUAAAAAAUCUGGAAGUAAAAAUGGGCCUGCAGACGACCAAGAUGGCUCCAAUAAGAAAGUGCCUCCCGCAACUCAGCUGAUGAGGGUAAAGCAGCCAGUGUCACACUCUGCCGUGAAGAGGGAGAAGAGGUUCAGCACGUCCUCUUUCCCCCUCAGCGCUAAAAGAGAGCUACAGAAACUACCUGAACUGGCAGGUAUGCGUCGCUCAAUAUACAGUAUCCCCAUUUAA